CUGAUCGCACUUCAGUCAAACACGGAACGUCGAAGGAAGAGGGACGCACGGCUGCCGUUCUCGCUACUUUCUCAUAGUACUUUGCCACGAGUGUUCUGUCUUAUCAAGAUGGUUCAGCUCAUCGGUAAUUACAUAGAUACCAAGAAGAAGGCGACAUGGAGAUACAUAGAGGAAUGGCAGGGAACCCUGUACUCCAUGGUUGUGUUUGGAGCAACCAUGGUGGUGAUGUUCUGGGCGAGUGUGUUCCUCUACACAUCGUUCUACUUCACAUAUAUGCCCCAGGAGUCCAUCACGUGGCCAAUACACUUCCAGUACAAUGCGUGUGAGGAUCGCCCAGGCAUCUGCACCAACCCAGAGGCUAUCAUCAGUGUGACCGAUCCAGCAAGGGGUUCCCUCCUUGCCCGUGGCCAGAAGUAUCGUGUUGUGGUUGAUUUGGAAAUGCCAGAGUCGACCACCAACCAGAAGCUAGGUAAUGAACCGCACCCUUUCUCCUCAGGGAUGUUCCUGGUCUCCAUGGACAUGCGCAGCCACGGAGGGGAGACGCUGCGGCAGGCCUCGCGCUCGACCAUGCUCCGCUUCAAGUCCAGCCUCCUGCAGACGAUCUCUACCAUGGCCUUCGCGCCCUUCUUCCUCUAUGGGGUUCAGGAAGAAAAGCAGAUGGUCACAGUUGAGCUCUUCUCUCAGUACGAGGAGGAUCCCGUGACUCCUCUGUCUGAGGUAUACGUGCGGCUGGUCACAAAGCACGUGGAGUUGUAUGGAGCCCAACUGCGUAUCCAUGCAGUGUUCUCUGGUCUGCGUUACCUCAUGUACCACUACCCACUCACAGCUGCUGCAUUGGGCAUUGGUAUCUGCAUGGUGUUCCUGUCAGCUGUAGUCAUAUUCAGUUGGUAUCAGUUCUCUGGCUCCGCAGGCAAGCAGGUGGGUAGGCCAAGGCAGGUAAGCUUCCCUAAUGGCCGUGCAACAGGCAUUGGUCCCGGAAGGUCUGCAGGGGCUGGUGUGCAACCCAUGGACGCCCUCCCCAAGGUGGUUCCCGCGGCAGCCAGAAAGUCAGGGCUCGAGAUCGCCCCUGAAGAGAAGGAGGCGUCCCCAAAUGAGGAAGCCCUGAAGGAGGUAGCAAAGGAUGAAGAAGGUGAUUUAGAGGGCGGGGCUGCACUACCAGUGGAGCACGAGACAGAGGAGAACGGCAGCCCAGUUCAGCAAGGCUCUGAGGCCGAGGGACGAGACAGUGAUGAGUUUGAGGUUGUUUGCCCUUCAAAGAAUCCAGUUAAUGAAGAGACUAGUAGAAAGCUAUCAAGAGCGUGUGAUGAGGAUACCGUCCUUCGGCAACGUGUCCAGCCUGUCGACGUUGAGCCUUAGAGGGCAUCGUUGGGACCGUAGAAGCAUAACGAGAAACUAAUCUUUCCUAGUGUGUGCUGGGAGAUCAAGCCUCAUACAGUUUUAUUUUUGCAAUGUUAAAAAAAUGGGAAAGAUUGAUUGUAGAAUUAUCAAUAUUGUUUUUGAAAAUUUUGUUCCUGUGUGAUUUUGUCUUUUGUGUGGGCCAAAGCAACUGUUUUUUUUUUUUUUGUAGGUGAAAUGAUUGUUUUAUUUGUUAUCUUUAGUAUAGUAAGAGCAAAAUUGAAAAUAUGUAAUGAUACACUGAAUGUAUAGAUGUGUAUUAGAUUGGAGUCAAAUAUGGCAGUUUUAGAACCGAAUGGUACCUCAGUUACUGGCAUUGAUGAAAUAAUACAAAAAAAGUUACUGUAUUUCAAGCUAACUGUAAGUCUUUAACUGAUGUUGCUCAGAGUUGCAAGUUCUUUCUUAGACAUAGCAGCAGUAUUAUAGAGGUAGUCCUUCAGUUCCUCCAUCCCCUUUCCAGAUCUCUCUCUCCUCUCCUCUCCCCUCUUUCUCCACCUGCUCCCCCUCCCUCCCCCCUCUCUCUCUCUCUCUCUCUCUCUCUCUCUCUCUCUCUCUCUCUCUCUCUCUCUCUCUCUCUCUCUCUCUCUCUCUCUCUCUCUCUCUCUCUCUCUCUCUCUAUUUAUGAUUCUCAAGCAGUUUUUUAUAUGUUGUGUUCAUUCAUAGAUUUGUCAAGUAGAAGUAAGCUUGGUCUCCCUUGUAAAAGCAGUCGAUAGAAAGCCAGUCUCCAUAAUUACAAUGUUGCUUGUUUGUAUUUGCAUUUUCUGUAGCAGUUUUGGUAUGUUGUGCUUGUGCAUUGAAUCACUCAGGUGCUUUUAUUGUAAACAUUGUAUAAGUAAGAUGUAGAGUAUCCCAUUAAUUUGUGUGUGAGCUUUGUUUAUGUACACUGUCGAAAGAAGGGCUUCCCUGUUUGGGAUAAAUUUUGGGUAAGCUCACAUUUUGAGGAGAGAUAAUAGGUUAAGUAGUGAGAGAGAGAGAGAGAGAGAGAGAGAGAGAGAGAGAGAGAGAGAGAGAGAGAGAGAGAGAGAGAGAGAGAGAGAGAGAGAGAGAGAGAGAGAGAAGCGAGAAAGCGAGGAGUGUGCGUGUGUGUGUGUGUGUGUGCGAACAGCGUACAUGUGUAUGUGUGCGCGUGUGUGCACGCUUGGAUUGGACAACUCCUGGGAUUAUCUUGCAUUUCUUUGGAAUUUUCUGUGAUAAAAGAACCAAGGAAGAAGAGUAUGUGUGUGUGUAUGUAUAUAUAUAUAUAUAUAUAUAUAUAUAUAUAUAUAUAUAUAUAUAUAUACACACACACACACACACACAUAUACACACAAACACACACAUAUACACAUAUAUGUAUGUGUACAUAUAAACAAAUAUGCAUUCAUACAUAUUUACUUACAUACUUACAUGUUAACAUAUUGUAGAACUUAAUACUCGUAAAAGUGACAAAAAACAAAAUCCAAAGAUUUUAGAAUAGAGAGAAAAUGAAGAUUUUUAUUCUUGCAUUCAAAUUACAGUUCAAAUUACAGAAAAAUUAUAUUUGUGUACAAGGUGAAACAUUCCACAGAAAUUUAGGUAUUUUGAUUCUGUGACACAGCGUGCGAUGAUAAAGAUAAUUUAGCUUGUAACGCGUGCCUUAUGUGCAUUAUCAUGUGAUAUGUAGUAUUUUAUUAUAUAAGUGUACCAAGUAUAUUUUAUUCAUAUAUUUGUACAUUAUGGUUAUGUCCUAGAGCAUAUAUGUUACGAAAUUAUGUUAUUAGAGAAUAUAUAAAUCAAAUAUAGAAAUUGCAAGUUUUUAUUUAUGAUCAGGUUUAUGUAUGUAGAUCUUGAAAUUCGGUGAUUGUGGUCUGUAGGUUUUGAAAAAAAUUGUGAAAUUAAUAAAAAGAUGGAAUUUCUUG